GUGCAUGGAGCGCAUGAGUCUUACGUCUAUCAGCUGGAAAGUGCUCUCGCCUCGGGUGUGGGAUAUGCGCUUCUCCUCUUUAAUAUCCCGUAAAAAUCUCACCCUCUCUUCGCAGGAGCUGUUAUUAGUCAGUAGCCCCACUGGCCGUGCCAUUUUCCCUCCUCUCUCUCUCACGCAGCCUAAAGUUGGGACUUAAGACUUUUCAGCACCACUUUUCUGUGGACAGCGCUCGCGAUUCUAUUUGGAAGCUCGACGCAGCCUCGAAAAUUCACGUGGAUUCCUUGUUGGAUACUAUUCAGAAACAAUGUUUAGAUGCUGAUCAAGAGCCAGAGUUGUUCAGGAAACCCCAUUCAUGCACUCACAGAUCAAACAAAAUGCGAUUUUGCUUUGGAUAUGGGUCACUUCUUAGAAAAAGGAUUCUUCGUGGGCAUUAGAAAGCGGAAUUCACUCUGAAGCCUGUGGACCUAAGCAGGCCUGAGGGCUCUGACAUAUACCAAAUCCCUGCCCAGGGGAACAGGGGAGAUUAAAAACUUCUGAUUGAGGUGGAGUGGAAAGAGAGACCGAGGAAGAGAGACAGAGAGAAAAAGCUUAUCGCUCACCUUUGUUCUUUCUAAUGCCCCAAGUGAAGGAUCUCCAUAGGCACGUCUGUGAAUAAGAGCAGACGCAAGAACAGCUGCCCACCACUGUGGUCAGAUGAUGGAGUGAGGAAGCAAAAAGCAGAAAAGAACAGGAUUACAUCCUGUGAAAGAGCCAAGCUCAUAUUCUACAUUAAUUGAAUGCCUGGGAAAGUGGAGAGACAUGAGAGAAAACCUUUUCUGUGCCAACUGCUUCAAGAGGUAUUGCAAUUAACCCUCUGGCCAUCAUAAAAUAAUACCUGGCUUUUGUUGUUCCCUGAUUGCUGGGCUGUACAGCGCAGAUGUGUGCUCAGGCCGUGGUCAUGUUUCAGUCCCUGGCGUACAGACCGAAUCGGACUGGCUGUCAACGAAACAGCCUGAUUCUGCCACUGCUGCUGCUGCUGCUUCUUCACAGCUCCCUCAAGGCUGCGCAGGCUGCCAAGCCCAAAGGGCCAGGACACACACAUUUGAACUCCAUCCGCAUUGACGGGGAUAUCUCCCUAGGUGGGCUCUUCCCAGUACAUGCUAGGGGCCACGAUGGCAAGCCGUGUGGGGAGCUGAAGAAGGAGAAGGGUAUACACAGAUUAGAGGCUAUGCUCUUCGCCCUUGACCGCAUCAAUAAUGACAAUAAUCUGCUGCCUAACAUCACACUGGGGGCACGUAUCCUGGACACUUGUUCCAGGGACACUCACGCCUUGGAGCAGUCACUCACCUUCGUACAGGCUUUGAUUGAGAAGGACGGAACAGAUGUCAAAUGUCUGGGUGGGGGAGCACCCAUCAUCACCAAACCUGAGAGGGUGGUUGGUGUCAUUGGUGCCUCUUCCAGCUCUGUUUCAAUCAUGGUCGCCAACAUACUCCGACUGUUUAAGAUACCCCAAGUGAGCUACGCUUCGACCGCUCCAGAACUCAGCGACAACACCCGCUACGACUUCUUCUCCCGUGUGGUGCCUCCAGACACCUACCAGGCCCAGGCCAUGGUGGACAUUGUCAAGGCCAUGCGGUGGAACUAUGUCUCCACAGUGGCCUCAGAGGGAAACUAUGGAGAGAGCGGCGUUGACGCGUUCAUCCAGAGGUCUCGGGAGGACGGGGUGGUGUGCAUCUCCCAGUCAGUCAAGAUUCCCAGGGAGCCCAAGCCCACGGAGUUUGACAAGGUCAUUCGCCGCCUCCGAGAAAACCCAAACGCAAGAGUCGUCAUCAUUUUCGCCAAUGAGGAUGAUAUCAGGCGGCUACUCCAAGCAGCUAAAAAGGCCAACCAGACAGGUCAUUUUAUCUGGGUGGGCUCAGACAGCUGGGGCUCAAAGAUCUCUCCAGUUCUGCACCAGGAGGAGAUGGCUGAAGGAGCAGUCACCAUCCUGCCUAAACGCCAGUCUAUCAAAGGGUUUGAUCGUUACUUCAUCAGCCGAACGCUGGAAAACAACAGAAGGAAUAUCUGGUUUGCUGAGUUCUGGGAGAACAACUUCAGCUGCAAACUCAGCCGUCAUGCCGUGAAGAAGGGGUCCGGACUCAAAAAGUGCACAAAUCAGGAACGAAUUGGAAAGGACUCAAAUUAUGAGCAGGAAGGAAAAGUGCAGUUUGUUAUUGAUGCGGUGUACUCGAUGGCUCAUGCACUGCACAACAUGCACCAGGAGCUGUGUCCAGGGAAGGUCGGCCUCUGCGCCAGAAUGGAUCCCAUCAACGGCACUCAUCUGCUCAAGCAUAUUCGCCGCCUUAACUUUGCAGGCAUCGCAGGAAACCCAGUGCUCUUCAAUGAAAAUGGAGACGCCCCUGGACGCUAUGAAAUCUACCAAUACCAGAUAAGAAACCGGACAGCUGAAUACAAAGUCAUCGGACACUGGACUGAUCAGCUCCAUCUCAACGUUCGUUCGAUGCAGUGGCCCGGCGGUGUCCGACAGAUCCCUUCGUCAAUCUGCAGUCAGCCCUGUCAACCCGGAGAGCGAAAGAAGAUCGUAAAGGGCAUCUCCUGCUGUUGGCUCUGUGAGCGGUGCGACGGCUACCAGUACCAGGCAGACACCUACACAUGCAAGAUGUGCCGCUUUGAUUUGCGGCCCAAUGAGAAUCACACCGGCUGCGUUCCAAUCCCCAUUGUUAAACUGGAGUGGAGCUCUCCAUGGGCAGUCAUCCCUGUGCUCAUUGCCGUUGUUGGCAUCAUGGCCACUUUGUUUGUGGUGGUUACAUUCAUACGGUACAAUGACACUCCAAUUGUGAAAGCAUCGGGGCGAGAGCUGAGCUAUGUGCUUCUAACUGGCAUCUUCCUCUGCUACGCCACAACAUUUCUGAUGAUUUCUACCCCCGACGUAGGAAUCUGUUCCCUGAGGAGGAUCUUCUUAGGUCUGGGCAUGAGCAUUAGCUACGCUGCCCUGCUCACCAAAACCAACCGUAUUUACCGCAUCUUUGAUCAGGGCACCAUGUCUGUGAGUGCACCCAGGUUCAUUUCUCCAGCAUCUCAGUUAGUUAUCACAUUCACGCUGGCUUCGGUGCAGCUGCUGGGCGUGUGCAUCUGGUUUGUCGUUGAUCCCUCCAAGGCCAUCAUAGAUUAUGAGGACCAGAGGACAUCUAACCCUGUGCUGGCUCGAGGUCUGCUCAAGUGUGAUAUCUCUGAUCUGUCUCUCAUUUGCCUGCUGGGAUACAGCAUGCUGCUCAUGGUCACCUGCACUGUCUACGCUAUUAAAACCAGAGGGGUUCCGGAGACCUUCAACGAGGCCAAGCCCAUUGGCUUUACUAUGUACACCACCUGCAUUAUUUGGUUAGCAUUCAUCCCGAUCUUCUUUGGCACUUCACAGUCCACAGAAAAGAUGUACAUCCAAACAACCACCCUGACUAUCUCCGUGAGCCUGAGCGCUUCAGUGUCCCUGGGAUUGCUCUACAUGCCCAAGGUCUACGUGGUUCUCUUCCACCCAGAGCAAAACGUGCCCAAGCGAACACGCAGCCUCAAGGCCGUGGUUACCGCCGCCACCAUGUCCAACAAGUUCAACCCCAAGGCUGGACUCAGACCUAAUGGAGAAGCCAAGACGGAGCUGUGCGAAAGCCUCGAAACACAAAGUUUCUCGACAAAGCAAACGUACAUCAGCUACAGCAACCAUGCAAUCUAAAGGGACAAAGGUUCAUCAUUCAGGAUUCCCACCUGAUGGUUAAUACACGGACAGGAAUUUCACAGAUGGGAAAAAAAAAAUUAAUGGAUGAGUCAUUGUACGGGUAGAGAUGAUAGAAGCAUUACCCAAAGACGUGACAUGAUGAGGAGAGACCACGAAGAGGUGCAGGGAUGGACAAACAGAACCACUAAAAGUACAGUUUUAAGGUUUCAUCUUCUGUCUGCCUCACUCUAAUACAAAAAAAAAAGAAGAAAAAGAAGAAAACUUGCAUGGCAGAGGCCUGGAGACUAAGGGAUGGGGCUUUUCUUUUGAGAGUUUACAUUUCAGCUAUGCCCUCUUUCAAAGACUUCUCUGUCAUCCUGAGCAGCGCUGAUAAAAAACUGAACUCAAGUCCAGAAUAUGUUCAGGUGUUCUUAAUGUUGUCCACAAGUUUUAUGAACUAUAAUCAAUCUUAAAAUCCUCAAGGCAUCGCAAAAGGAGUAUCCAACACCAAAAAGACAAACACAUGGUUCAUGGAUUUCUAAGAGGGGUUUGUGUUUGUUUUUAUUUCUACAUAUGUUUCAGUCCCACGAGGAAUCGAAGAUCAUCUCAACAAUGCAACCGGUCUGUCUCAGACUCCAUGUAUUUUUUCCUUCUCCAGGAUUCCACUGGGUCAAUGAGAAUGACAAUGACUUCACCUAUAAGAUGGUCUCUGCCAAUUUUGCGCAUGCCAGUUUCAACAUCCUGUGUUGUGUUGUUAAAAUAAUUAAGAAAAAGAAAAAAAUAGUAACUUUGGAAUGCGUUUAAACUCUGUUGCAGCGUUGUUACAAUUGUUUGGGCCUAAGCCUAUUGUACGUUAAAAAAACUGUUCUCAAAUGGUGAAGGUCUAGUGAGUGUGUAUCUGUGCUUAAAUGAGGCCAUGAUUUGUAUUACCAGCUAGCCCAAGGCUGCCACUGCCCACUGCAUACCUGUAUGUGCUUUGAAACGGUCGCUCCUGGCUAAAACCAGCUGUGUUUUAGUCAGGAGAUCUUACUGCAGGCUGUCGUCCAGGAUGACCCUCCCAUCACUGCCACCAGCUUUUCUCUUGGUCACUCAUGGUGUUAAGGGUAAAGCUUAGC